AUGUCAACAUGGAUACAGUUUUUGAGGAUAUUAAAUGGCUUCAAAACAUAUUAAGAACUUUCAAUUAAGAUAUGCUUGCUAAGUUUGUAAAUUUUGUUACCGGUAAUAUAUUAAAGCAUCUUUAGGAACAGACCUUACACUAGCUGGAGGAUUUAAAAAUUUAACAAAACCAAUCUGAAUUUAAAUAACUGAUAUCAAUUGUAAAUUACUAGAAAGCAUAUACAUGGUAUAAUCCUAUAGUAUUUUACAAAGUUAAAAAUUCUUAGUAAUUCCAGCUUAUGAUUCUGAAGAGAACCUUUAAGAGAAAAAUUAGAAUUAGCCAUGA